AUCUGGUUGUUCUGUCUUCCCAGCGUCUGCAGGCUGAGUACCCACGUCCAUAUAGGCAGCGGGCUGGAUGAUAACGUUUCAUUUGUAGAAAUAGUUGGUUCUGGGACCCAAUGACACCGUGGCGAGAGGCAUACAGAUUGAGGCAGAACGCUCUGUAAAGGAGUCGAGCCUGAGGAAGAAGGUUUUCAGCAUCCCACAUUCCAGCUUGAACAGGUCAGAUUUCAGCAGAAUUGUGUAUUCAGCCAGCAGCCAUGUCGACCUCAAUGCUACGGAGACAAAUGAAGAACCUUAUUCAGAACUUCUCUGAAGCAGAGAUCAAGGUAAGGGAAGCAACCUCCAACGACCCGUGGGGCCCGUCUAGCUCUUUGAUGUCAGACAUUUCAGACCUGACCUACAAUGUCGUGGCCUGCUCUGAGAUCAUGAACAUGCUGUGGAAACGCCUCAACGACCAGGGCAAAAACUGGAGACACGUCUAUAAGGCAUUGACCCUGUUGGAGUACCUGCUGAAGACAGGUUCUGAUCGGGUCAUUCAGCAUUGCAAGGAAAAUAUCUACACACUCCAGGUCCUGAAGGAAUUCCAAUUCAUAGACAGGGAUGGCAAGGACCAGGGAAUCAAUGUGAGGGAGAAGGCUAAGCAGCUAGUGGCUCUGGUGAAGGAUGAAAAUAAACUACAGGAAGAGAGAAGCCAUGCAAUCAAGACCAAAGAGAAGAUGGCCCAGGCACAGGCCACCCCCCCGGCACCUACAGGUACACCUCUGAGGGUCGGAGGACUGGGAGGUAUGUCGAGCGGACUCGCAUCGCUUGGCCUCGGGCCCCAGGGGCCUGGCGCCGGCUUCAGGACCCCGGGAUCUGGCGCUAGCCCUGGAGCCAACGCUGCCGAGUCAAAAGGCACCGCUGAAGAGGACCCGGCCAAGUGCAAAGAGGAUGAGGGUAAUGCCAGAAGUGAAGGCGCUGAAGAGAGCCAGACGGACAAACCUAAGGCUGAGGAGAUGGAGGCGGGCUCAAAAGCUGCUCCUCCCUCAGCCGCUUCCACGCAAGCCACAGCUAACACCGCGACCACAUCCGAAUCGGCUUCUGAACUGUUCGGCUCCUCAGACCCCUGGGACGGGCCUGCCCCUGCGCCCCCGGCAGAUUCAGACCCUUGGGGUGGUGGUGGGACCACGGUGGAUGCCUCUUCUGACCCAUGGGGAGAUGGGGCCAGUGCUAAAAAUGACCCCUGGGGCUCCACAGGUGAGGGAGAUAAAGUGCGGUCAGAUAGAAGUCCGCCCAGUGGAGACCCCUGGAGCGCUCCAGCAGCCCCAGCUAGUUCUACAGGGACAGGUGCUUCGACCUCUGACCCCUGGGGAGGAGACGGAGAGGCUGCACCAGCAGCAGCAUCCAAUGACCCCUGGGGAGGAGAUGGAGGCGCCGCACCGACAGCCGCAUCCAAUGACCCCUGGGGAGACGGAGGCGCUGCACCAACAGCCUCGACCUCUGACCCCUGGGGAGGAGACGGAGGUGCUCCAGCGACAGCCGCGACCAAUGACCCAUGGGGAGACGGAGGGGCUCAACCAACAGUCUCUUCAACCUCUGACCCCUGGGGGGGCCCAGCUAAAGACACUACUAACGGUGCAGUGAACCAAGAGCCCGGUGGUCCUACUCCCACCAGUGGGGAAGGGGAAGGCGGCGCUGGGACCCAGGCGACCCUUGACCCCUCCUCCACGGACACCUCUCUCCCUGCAAGAAAAACACCUGAGUCAUUCCUGGGUGCUAGCGCAGCGCUAGUGGAUUUAGAUUUCUUGGUCUCCAACAAACCCAAACCCAAACAAUCUGGCCCUCCCAUGUCCUCCUACCCCGCAUCCAGCCCCUUCAUGCAAUCACAGGGUAAGGAAGGAUAGGAGAGAGAGAGAGAGAGAGAGAAUUGAAUUUAAAGAGGUUACAUAUCUAUUAUUGAGGCCGUGAUUGUGUUUUAGUGUUUCGACGUGGACUGUCAUUCCCAUGUAGUGGAUAAUUGGUGUUAAAAUCAUCUGUAGUAAUAUUAGACUCAGCCUCAUAGUUAGUAGCCAUUACGACUCUAUUAUCUCUCUACUCUCUUUCCUUCCCUCCUGCUCUUUCCCUUCCCUGUCAUCUUUCUCUUUAUUUUCCAGGCACCUGUCCACUCCCAGGCAUGGCUGUCUCCUCAGGCAGUACCAUUUCCAAACUAGGGGCAUCCCAUACUCCUCCCCCAGCAUCCAACCCUUUUGGUUCCUCCCCCCUCUGCCUCCAUUUCCCCACAUUCCUCCUCACUUGGACUCAGCCACUUCCACACCAGCCCAGUAUCACCUAAUCAUAUAAUGAACAUGUCCCCUGCCAUGCUGGUAGUGGCCCAGAUUGUUAUGGCUAUGACUGCAAUGUGAACUCAGAAGCCUUCACAACUGGGUCCUGGCAUGGAGCAGACUAACCGUAAUGGAGGAGCCUCUUCCUCGUCCCUGCAUGGAGGUGCCAUUGUCAUGGCUGUAUUAGCUCUCGAGUUGCCUCACUUAUUUUUUUUGGGUGGGGAGUUCCAGGGAGACAUGGCAGUGGUGGUGAGUGGCGUGUAUGUGGCAAAGCAGCAACAGGAGAAAGCACCAGUCCUCCUCCUUCUAUGACAAUUCACCCCAUCCUCCCUCCUCUCACUCCCACCAAAAGUUCCACCAUUAUCACUGUAUGUAUGUGUUAGAUUUAUGUGUUAAAUACUAAUAUU